AUGCCGACUUGCUUCCCGCGUCUGCUCAAAGCGUCACCUGGAAGAAAAAGGCGGUUCUAUGAGGGGUGGGUACCAUACAGCUUAGGGAGUGCCCGUACAGGGGCAACUGGCGCAGUAGAACGAGAAGCAUACGAGGGUCACUGGGCGACCGUGUAUAGACAGCGUUUUGACCUGGGCAUCAGCUCAGCGGACUCAAUUUGCAUUCCUCUUUACUUACGGUUGCGGGGCGAGGACUCGAGGGCCAAAUGGAGGGCUGCAAGAUUGAGGCGGGAGGGUGUAAAGAAGGGAGGCUGGGUGGUCUGGAUUUCAGAAGACACUGGCUACCUCUACGCCACGACCGUAGCUCAAUGGACACACAGCAAUCGUCAACAGUGGCACGAUGAAUGUAGAGAAAGGUGCGACCAGAGAUGCGCCCUAGCGUCACGUGUGCAAACUGCUACCGCGAAGAGUAGCUGUGACAUCAAUAAAUCCAGCGGCGGUAGCAAUGCCAAGGGCAACAACGGCGAGCAAACCACUGACAGCAGGCGCAGCUCCGGUGCAAAAGGCCUUCCUUCCACGGAGCGUCGGAUCCUAAACCUCUUUGUCCUGCUGCAUGGGAUGUCUCCGCCAGCAGUCUUGCAAACUGAUGUAGUGGAAAACUUUGGCAACUUGCUUGCGACUAUUCUGGAGCGCUUCCCUACAAACCAGAAGCAGAAGCAGAGCUUUUUGUCCUCCUCUGCGCUCUCUGCAGAGACAGCUUGCGUGGGGUCCGGUGCAGGCAAUGUAGAUCCCACUGACGCAGGAGGCCCCUUAGAAGGCUCCCAUCUUCCUCCUGGGACUACUUCCGCUUAUGCUACAGCAGGGGCUAGCUCUAAAGGGGUGCUUAGCUGUCAAGACAGUACCACAGCCUACCCUGCGACUCUAUUGUUCUUGAUCUACUCGUAUCGCGACGCGACGUGGCAAUCGGUAGCCGCCUGCAUGGCACGGAUAGUGCCAUUGCUUGCAGACGAGUUGCAAGUACUACUGCAGCAUUGGGAUGAAGUGCGCCUUUUUGCUGUGGGGCAUUCUCUGGGUGGCCUUCUGUGGCGGUUCGUGAUGCUCCGGCGGCUGCAGCAAUUGCUAUUCCCCCCGAGUAACAAGCAAGCAACUGGCCCUGCCAAGAAAGCGUCGGCAGUACCGGAUUGCUAUAAUACGCUCCUGAAGGCUCUGCAACACCCCAAACUUCGGCUCGAAACCUUCUGUACCCUGGCUUCUCCCCAUGUGGGGGCCUACAAAUCCUCUGCAGUCUACCGCUCGAUGCCCCGCGCCGUGGCUGGGCUGCGCUUCCUGCCAAAUUCAAACUACGCUCAAGAUCUCCUGCUACAAAGCGAUAAAGGCGUUCUGGCUGCCUUAGCUGAGGAGGAACGCGCAGGGAGGAGCCACAUGACUUACCCCUUUUCCAUGUCUCAAGACGACGCAUGCAGCGCUAAAAUGUUCCAGCAAUCCUCAGGCAUCCUGAAUUUCCAGCCGUCUACGGGUAAAAACACCAGCAAAAUCUUUCAGGAACAAGGAAACACCACGAAUGAGCCGCAGCAGCACGGGAGAACCAGAGUACUGGCAUCCUGCGGCCAGACGAGCCAAUCCGCAACUUUAUCGUCCCCACCACAGGCCUUCGAGGCGGCUCGGGAGACGCACGUGGUUCCAGGAGAAGUGCCUAUUCUCGCCGUUAAUCGCUUUAAAAGAGUCGUGCUUUACGGUAUUUAUGAGACGGAUUGGAUUGUCAGUGCCAAUUCGGCCCUGGCAACUGCAGCGGACCUCCGCAAGACUCCUGAGGGGAGGGUAGUAACGCAGCGCCCGAUGUAUCCCGUACGCUUGAAGAGCGCCACGGCAAAUAGCGCUUGCACAAUCAUCUUUAGGUCACCCAGACACCAUCGCAGCUGCAAGUACGGUAUCCGCAACAGUACCAGCAAGUGCAACACAGAGCUCCUUCUCGCACAGCAACACAUUGACGUGUUCAACCAUGUCAGCUUCAUCGAGCGGUACUUGGUGUAUAUUGACCAGAAUCCACUAUUCCUAGCGCCGCAUGCUACUAUCAAAGGGUCUCCAUGCAUCGUGACCGUUGCUGAACAAAGGAAAAUGCGAAAGGAAGCCGCGCCCAUCCUAGAGCACGUGGCAGCACAUAUCCUCGCUGCUCCUGCCGCCGCUUCCGCAGCUGGUGCUAGGCAAAGACAACAGGCGAGGAAAGACAAAAGAGGAAUGAAUUCGAGAACGCAUCUGACGGGGGGGAGAAAUAUUGCAUGUUGUCCAACAAAACCUGUGGUAGCAGAAGCUCUGAAGCCUACAAAGGCAUCCGCAUUUGCGGGAUUUCUUAUAAAAUUAUUUUAUGCGUGUUCAUCCGACGAAGGGCAACGCAGAGCGGAUUUUUCUGCUAGUGGGAGAGGAGCAAAGUGGCAAAAUAAGCAAGGUUUAAAGCAAACUUUAACGUACCAUUUAAAUAAUGCCAAGAACAAACAGUUUUGCCGGGCUUUCGAAAUUGGUUGUGGCUUAUUUCAAUUAAGAGUCAUUGCUUGCCCGGUCACAAUGGACCACGAAACUUACAUUCCCAGGCGGCGGAUGAUUUGCGUUGUCAGAGAUACCAGGAGCUGCCCUUGCAUCUGCCAUCGAUAUUGUGAGUGCAGGUGCUGUGAUUGCUGCAGCAUUGAGCGUUGUCGGAAGCUACGGAAUAAAUCACUAGCCGUUCCUUCCCCGCCAGACCUAGAUGCCAGUGCAUGGAUAGCUAGCAUGGCCCACGCUAUGGCUGCCCGCCGAGCCCGUUUCGCUGCUGCGGCUGCAGCCCAAGCAGAGAAGACAGCGUUUGUAGCUCAUGAGGUGGCCGCGCAGGCGAGAGCCGCCGAACGGUGCCGCUACGUUCAAAUGCUACAAUCCGCCCCGAGCAAACGAUCAUGUACUGCCCUCGUCAAACAGAGGCAGAAAUUGUCUAUGAGACGAUUGGGGCUCAGACUACCGCCAGAGCCUCGAGUCAUUGAAAGACAUAUCACCGUAAACAGCUAUUGUGGAGCGUAUGGAUUCAGGGGAGAUACUUGGAGUGUGGAAUUGACUAGCGGAGAGGUGGGGGAAGAAAAUAGAGCACUCGCCGCAUCCAUAGUGUUGGCAAAGGAAAGAGGCGCAGCCACUGCAGCAACAUGA